UCCAGAAAUCUCACCAUUUUAUCAUGAAUUCCGAGCUUCUUUAUCAGCCUUUCCUGAGAAUGAAAUUGAUGCGUUGGUGGACUCUGAUUUUGUAAAUUGGUACAAGUAUCAGAUCAAUAGUCGUGGGAUUGUCGACCCUUUGUUAGUAUCAUUAGCGUGGGGCCCAGGUGCCAGUGCCAAAGUGUGGCGGCAAUAUGUGAUAAACGGUUACACAUAUCACACAGCCGAUUACGGAGAGGGCCGACCAACAACGAACAGCGGGUUAUGUGUCCCGACCAUCGGUUAUGAUAACUCGGAAACCAAUUUUUUUGGUGUCCUGCAGGAGAUUCUGGAACUUGAGAUGCCUUCUGGUGCGAAAAAAUUCACAUGUGUUCUGUUCCGUUGCACAUGGGUCGACCCCACACGUGGCGUGCGCAAAAAAUCCGAAGUAUAAUAUGAUUGACGUCAACCUCUCUCGUGUGUACCCGAAAAAUGAGCCUUUCAUACUCGCCCAACAAGCAGCGCAGAUUUAUUAUGCAGAAUAUCCUUCAACAAGGCGGAC